UAAAAUGGCGCUGCCCUUGCAGGUGUUGAAAACUUUGCGCAAAGUAAAUGCCAGAACAAUUUGCAGAGUUGAUCAUCACUUAAGUGCUUUUCAUUUGACUAAGCCUAGCAGAGUUCACCCUAUACAUUCGGUGAGGACGCACAAUGUCAAAUUCAUCAGCCAGUCUACCAGCCUCUGGUCUUCACAAGAUGAAAAGCAACCCCAGUCAGACAGACCUGGACUACUGAAACGACUUCUGCAUAAAUCAGACGAUAUAUUCUGUGCAGUUUUGGGUAGAAUCUCACCAUGGAUGCUGCAAGAAUACGGGCAUUUCAAAAUUGGUCUCGUAAAGUUCACUGGCGAUGUUAAAUUGGUGUACUACAUCAAUAAGAAGAUCAGGAAAGAAAAUCUACAACUCAACGAUCUGCAUUGGAAAGAACUCUACCUCAAGAAACAGAUGUCCAACGAUCUAGCGAAGGUGGCACCUACUAUGUUUUUGCUGUCUUUACCCAUCGUCUACUACUUUGUCUUGCCACUAAUGUUCAUCUACCCGACAGUUUUCCUGUCCAACCAAUUCUUGUCUCACGAUAAACUUCUGAAGUACUACAUAAAAUCUUACAAACAAAGAGUGGAACUGUAUCCAAUGGUCCUAGAGUUGGUUUCGCAGCAAAUGGGCAGAAUACAGAACAGUACAGAUAAGCAAUUAUUGCAGACUGUUAUAGAAAAGGAAAAAUUGGACCAACGUGCCUCAGUGAAAGAAGUCUCAGAGACAAAGAGUGCAUUCCAGACACUGACGCUCAGCAAACUACCAAGAAACCAUCUGAAAUGUCUAUGCAGACUUUGCUCACUACGCACAAUGUUCAUGCCAGGAUUUUUAGUACGAAGGAAACUGGAGAAGAAUAUAGCCUGGAUUCAAGCAAUGGACCAUUCCAUUAUGAAGGAAGGCAUCUCAACAUUGGAACAUUUGGAUUUAGAGAAGCUGUGUUAUGAAAGAGGACUCAACACUGUACAUCUAGACAAGAGUGCCCUAGAAACAUGGCUAGGGGAAUGGAUGGAGUUGUCUAGUCAAACUAAUGAAAUGGACCGAUCCUUGGUUGCUCACUCAAUGGCACUCCUUGUCAUGGGCCACCCUUCAUGUCACCAACUACAUGAUAUAAACCUAACGGCCAAUCCCACAGAGGACAAAUCAUCAGAAUGACUUUGCAGUCUUUAAAAGGCCGGAGGAUGGGAAGAUGGUCAAGAAAAACAAGAAGAACUGUACUCCGGUUAAAGGGUGAGCGUGCGAGCGGAGAGGAGUUUAGUCUUAAUUCACGACUGAAGAAAACCACUUUGGGACAGUAUACAGGUCUUAUCCUUUUUUUAUUCUAAGGUGACUUUUUAUCCAUACAAUUGUACAGAGGUGCUUGUUGGCCUACAUUUAGCUUGUUGGUAUUUGAAAGGCGAGGUUUCUUUCAAAAAGGUAUGAGGGAAAGUCGAAGGAUUAGUCAGGGCUCAGAGUAAAUGUUGUAUAAGAUUUUGGUGGUGGGGGAACUCUUGGUUUAGAAAUGGUGCUAAAGGUUAGUGACAUCACUUUGAAGAACGGGGUUAAAUGACAGUAGAGUCGUCAAAAGGAGAGUUUAUUAUAAGGCGACUUAAUGAUACAACUUUACAGAGGUGCUGGACCUGGCUUGUAGGUAUUUGAGAGGCAAAGGAGAAGUCCAGAAGUCCCAGAGUGAAAGUUGGGGAGAUGUUUUAUAGGAUUGUUGUGGCGGGGGAACUCUUGGUUUAGAAACGGCGACAGAGAGAAAUAACAUAAGAUUAGUGACAUCCUUUCGAAAGAACAGGGUUAAAUGAUGUAGUGGUCAACAUUGGAGUUUAUUUUAAGGUGACUCUAUUCUAAGGUGACUUAAUGAUUUUACAGAUGGUGCUGGACCUAGCUUGUAGGUAUUUGGGGUCUCUUGCACUAAGGCAUAAGGGAAAGUUGAAGGAGUAACCAAGGCCCAGAGUGAAAGGUUUCUAGUUACAAGGCAAUCUUGGUGGUCUAGUUGGUAAGACACUGCUCUGGAAUUGCAAAGGAUGUGGGUUCGAAUCCCACUCGAGU